AUGAGGUGCGGAAGUAAGCAAUCUGCAUUGGAGGAAGGAGAGGAAGUUGCUUCACCUAACGAAAGCAUCUGCAACAUGACCAAGUGCGCUGCCACCAAGGAGGGCGACGGGGCAGCACGUGUUCAGUGCCGCGUCUGCCAGGCUUCGCUCCACGUGGAGUGCGUGAAGUCCCUGAUGGCUGAACACUAUGAAGGGGACCUGUACGGGGAGAGCUACUACUGUGACCGGCACUUCAACUGCGUGAUGGACGUGUGCGUCCCGGACAGCCAAGGGCGCGGCCGCGGUGCGGCGACGCAGCAUGGGUGCCAGGUCUGCAAGCGCCCUCUGCACAGCUUGUGCAUGCGCGCCCUGGUGGGGGACGAGUUCGAGGGAGAGUUCCUUUUCUGCAACCUGCACCUGCCAGAUAGUCUCAAGGCUAAGGUACCAACUCCUACUCUUCCCAAGGGCUCUACCCGCCCUUCCGACGUCAUCGCAACAGAAGCUGGCAACCCCUCGCCAACCCGCCACCCGCCCUUGAAGAUUGACAACUCUUCGCCACGUGACGUCAGCGGCGAGGGUGAAACUGGCCCACUCCUCAAUCCCUCCGAGUGCAACGCAGCUUCCCUGAGUGCCCCUCCCCCGACGAAUAGUGCCCCUCCCCCAGCGACAAACAGUGCCCCCGAAACCAACCCUGUGUCAACUAAGGUCGCCACCUCUCGAAACUUAGCAGCCCUCGACAGCCUUGCGACCAUUGCUUGUGAGAUCACUGCAAGAAAGUCUCUCUAUGAGCCGGCUGACUUGGGCAAGCAACUUGUCAGCGGGCUCGGCGGCAAAGGCUUGGCGGGGCUCGUCUGGAAGAAAGUGGUCCAGGAAACGGAAGUGAAGUCCCCUGGUGGCGCGAUUGAGAAGCAUUCGGAAGCGGAGAAAGGGGUCCGAGCCAAAACUAUUGAGCGAGAACAAACCGGACCAACAGAAAGAACGGGGAAUUGUGAGAUAGAACCGAAGACCGGAGGCGGGCGCAAGGACCGGGGCACCGUGCUCGACAGCGACAGCUCGGAGGAGAAUCCCAAACGGGCAAGCGCAGCCAAGGGGGGCCGUUCGGAGGAGAACCACGAGGAGUCGCCCAAAGCCGAAGGGGACAGCGGCAGCCGGGCAGAAGCGCGCACCGGUGAAAGCGAACGUGACAAGAAGAAAACGGAGUCCAAGAAGGGGCGGAAAGCAAGUGGCGAGAAGAAGAACGGGAAUCUUCAAGCGACGCCAGUAGUGUGA